GGGAGCCCCCAAGCUUGGGGUUUUUAAUCUCUGUACCCCCCAGAAGGAUUUGACUGUGGGGUCCUGGUUGUACCUACAAGCUCUGUUUGGGAUUUUCCUGUCCUCGAAUAAACCUUCUGUUUUACUGGCUGGCUGAGAAUCAUGGUGAAUCGUAGGAAGUGAGGGUGCAGGGCUCUGACUUCCCCCCAUUCCGUGACACUGCCUCUUCCCCAAAGCCCCAGCCCCUGCUCCGCCCCAGCGCCGCCCCAGCUCCACCCCUUCCCCUGAGUUACCUCCCGGGGGAAUGCAGCAGGGGCUGGGCGCACCCUGCACUCACCCGGCGGCAGGAAGUUGUGCGACCCGGCCCCAAACCGCUCUGCCAGCUCAUCCUGGGGGAUGGUUCCCCCCUGCCCCCCAUGCCUGCUCCUGUCCCCCACAGACCUUGGGCACAGCGCCUGCCCCCCCUCGGAGGUCUGGGGCUGCGUAGGGCACCACAAUGUCUAGGGAGGGCCCUGGCUGGCAGCUGCAGGCACUGAGUUGAGGAAACACAGACAAAGGGAGAAGUUGGCAGAAAGGGGUGUGGGCUGCGGAGGAACUGAGAGCACAUUGGGAUCCUGGGCCCCUAGUCCCACUGCCCUGACACCCGCCAGAGCCCGGAUCCCCCUUCCCCUGCCAGGAUGCUGCUCCCUCUGCUUCUCCUCCCCUGGGCAUGGGGGGCCCUGGCUGCCUCCCCUCCUGUCCCGCCAGCGUCUGUCACCCUCCGGCUGCUCCAAAUCUAUGUCUUCCACAACGCCAGCUCCAUGGACAUGGAGGGGAUGGCCCUGCUGGGCGACCUGGAGACCCACUCAAUGGACUGCAGCACCUGCAAGAUCCGCUUCCGGCAGCCCUGGGCCCAGCAGGGCCUGACCCCAAAGCAGUGGCAGGACCUGGAGCUGCUGAUCCAGCGCUCUCUAUCCGACUUCAUCCUUAAAGUGAACAGAGGAGCUCAGCAGCAGGGAAUGGGCUACCCCUUUGUUAUCCAGGGCUCCCUCGGGUGCGAGCUGCACCCCAAUGGCACCUCGAGGCGAUUCUAUGACGCCGGAGUGAACGGCGAGGACUUCAUCAGCUUUGACGCGGACACAGGCAAAUGGGUUGCUCGGCAGGGGGAUAAUGUGGCUGCGCUCUACGCCCGGGACCUUCUCAACCGGGAUAAAGGUGCAGCCAGCGUGAUUCAGUUUCUCCUGAGAACGUGUGUCAAUGAGCUCAAGAGCUUCGUCCAGCAUGGGAAAGAGUCUCUGGAGAGGCAAGAGCGGCCGGUAGCCGUGGUGUUUGCCCGAGCGCCUCCCCAAGCCGGGACCCCUGCGCCGUUACUGCUGGUUUGCCGGGUCACCGGUUUCUACCCCCGGCCCAUCCGCGUGGCCUGGCUGCAGGACGGGGAGGAGGUGGUGGCGGGCUGGUGGCUGAACUCCAGCGGGAUCCUGCCCAACGCGGACCUGACUUACCAGCUGCGCAGCUCCCUGGCCGUGGGGCCGGGCGACCAGCACAGCUACGCCUGCCGGGUGGAGCACAGCAGCCUGGGGGGCCAGAGCCUGCUGAUUCCCUGGGAGCAGACCAGGCGCUGGGGCCUUGGCCUGGUCGUGGGCAUCACCCUGGGGGUUGUGACCAUAGCUGCCGUGGCCGUGGUGCUGUGGUGGAGCAGACGCAGGGGCUACCAGGAUGUUGGACCAGGGGAGUCCAGUCCCUGAGGGGGUGGCACCGGCCCAGGCGUGGGGAUCGGCCUGUCUCCUGGGGACAUGGACCUUGGGGGUGGAUCUGUGCCCGGCUCCAGAGCUGAGGGCCCCGAGGGCAGGACUGGAUCGGAGCGCAGGGAGAUCGGGGCCCUGGGUGGCGGGGUGAGAUUCUCCUCCCUCUGGGACGUUCGGGGCAUGUUGGACACUUGGGGGCAUUGUGGGAUCGCUAAGAUCCGGGAUCUGCAGGAAGCCGGCGCUGGCCUGUGCCAUUCAAUAAACUCUUCAGGGAGGGGCUGCCCAGUGGGUCCCACGGGGGUAGGAGCCAGGGCCUGGGUGCAGGGGUCAGACACAGCUACAUACACAAAGGGGGUGGGUGCGGGGUCAGGGCAUGGGAACCAGGAGGGUCCUGGCAGGGCAUUGAGGCUGAGCUGGCGUGCCCUGGAAGUAAGCAGGGAAGCAGCUACACACAGGGAGCCCUGACAACACUAUGGCCUGCGGGGCGCCAGGGAGGCUGCUCCAAGUCGGUGGCUGGGCUCGGCUGAGAGCUCCUGGGGGCACGGCUCCUCCAGAGCUGGGUAUGAGGGACCCAGGCUCCGGGGGUAGGUUCUGUCUUUUUGUUCUGCGUCUGUGCAGCACCGAGCACAAGGGGGUCCUGGGCACGACCGGGGUCCUCGGCCCUGCAGUAAUACAGCUAUAAUAAUAGUCCUGGCUGGGGAGGGGAAGUGCGUUCGUGGGGAGGGGGGAGCUAUUCAGGACUCCUGGGUUCUAUCCCAUCUCUGAGAGGGGGUUGGGGUCCAAUGGGUUAGAGCAGGGGGGCUGGGAGCCAGGACUCCUGGGUUCUGUCCUCAGUGUAGGAGGGGAGUGGGAUCUGGCUGGUUAGAGCAGUGGUGAGUGCACUGACCAGCCUGUUACCAGGUAGAACAGCAGCCCAGAGCCACACGAAGAGAUGGACAAAUUCCCAUCCAGACACCUCCUGCCGCAGGCUGUGUCUGCAUGGCAGGGUCCAGAGCGGUGAGGCUCCGCCGGCAGCCCAGUGUGGAUGCAGUGCUGCCAGGAGGGGUCUGUCACCAAAGUGGGGACAGCACCUUCCCAGAUGGCACUCACUCAGUCCACACAUGCCCUGUUCUGCAGAAUGACUGUGUGCACAUGGGGAGGAGUCAUAAACAUACAGCUACGGGUAGCAGAAAAUCCCUCCUGGGCAGCUGUACUGAAUCUUUACCUGUAAGGGUUUAAGAAGCUCAAAUAACCUGGUUGGCACCUGACCAAAAGGACCAAUAAGGAAAGAAGAUACUUUCAGAUCUGGGCAGGGAGGUUUUGUUUGUGCUCUUUGUAUAUUCCUGGUCCGGAUGGAGGGAGAGACCAGGCAGGGAUAUCUCCUGAAAGUGUACCUGAAAUGAUUCAUCUAAGAUUACAAAAAUUGUAAGUACGGGCAAGGAAAUGUGUUAGAUUAUCUUUUGUUUUAGUUUGUCAGUUUUCCCUAUGCUAAGAGGUAAUUUUAUUCCUGUUUUUUGUAACUGUGAAGCUGAGUCCAGAGGGGAGUCCUCUGUGUUUUAAAUCUUUUUAUUACCCUGUAAAGUUAGAUUCCAUCUGGAUUUUUCAGGUUUGAUUCUUUUACUUUUUCUUUAAAGAAAGUUCUUCUUUUAAGAACAUGAUUGAUUUUAGUGUCCUAAAGAUAAAGGGUCUGGUUUGUACUUACAUUAAAGGCAAUUGGUUGGUAUAUUAUUCUCAAGCCUCCCCAGGAAAGGUGGUGAAGGGACUUGGGGGGAUAGGGCUCCAAGUGACCCUUCCCUGAAUUUUUGUUUAAAUCACUUCGUGGUGGCAGCAAUACCGUCCAAGGACAAGGAAGGGAAUUUGUGCCUUGGGGAGGGAAGUUUUUAACCUAAGAUGGUAGAAUAUAAUCUUAGGGGUCUUUCAUGCGGGUCCCCACAUCUGUACCCCAGAGUUCAGAGUGGGGAGGGAACCCUGACAAGGGGCUUGGCAACACAGCUUUGUGCUGGGAUGUGGGGUCACACCCCUGACCCCCAGAGCUCUGUGCUGGGGGGUGGGGGUGUCACACCUAACCUACAGAGCUCUGCUGGGAUAAGGAUUAAGUGUAGACCAGGCCACAGGCAGGGUUCAGGGGGACCAUCCAUGGGAGACCGGGACACGGGGCCGUUACUCUCCAGGGGGCUCCAGCUCUGAUGCAGCUCCAGGGUGGGGGGACUGGCAGCUCAGCGGGGUGAGGAAUGGGACACCCAUCCUUUCCUAUUAGGGUACACUGACUCCAGUCCAGCCCCAGAGCAGGGGUGGGGCUGGCUGAGGGAGGUGGGCAAUGGGACACGGGGCCUUUACCCUCUUGCGGUGCCAGCUCCGCUCUGAUGUUAGUGACCAGAAUUCCUCCCCACAAGGUCUGGUCUGUGCCCCUUUGUGGAGCAUUGGUCUGUGUCCCCUGCCCAAACCCGGCCUCCCCCAAUGGCACCGCCUCCCCCGCUCCGUCUAACACGCUGGAUGGUCACACUGCGCUCAUCAGGAUGGGAUGGGAGGUGGAGGGUGGGAUGGGGUGUUAAUUGUCUGUAAUAUUUUGUUUGAAUACUGUGUGUGCUUCAGUUUCCCCUGUAUGCUGCAUUGUUCGCUAGGUGAGGGGGAAAUGGCUGUUUACUCUUUGCAGAGGGCCAGCAAAGCAGGUGUGGAUGAGGCCCAGCUGUCUCGGCUUUGGGUCCCAGGUCCAUGUAGCAAAGCCAAACACGGCAACAUUCACCACCUAGCAACCAACAAAUGACCCAGAGCAUGUCGACUUCCUGCCUCUCAGCAAGGGAGCUGCACACCAUUCCCCUGGCCAAGAACAUGGACUGAGGGGGGCCAGGUGAUACCGGUCAGCUCUGUGUUUUUGGGGAACCGGGGUGCAGUAUCUAGCCUUUCUGACUCAUGAAAGACACCCCCUCCCCAGUCUCUGCUUGAAUCAAAACCAGUCAGAGGAAAGGCUUUCAGAGAGCAGUGAAGGGCGUUGGGAAACACACCUAGACCCGUCCUGACAAGGGUGACAAGAUUAAGACAUCUCAAUUUGCAUACAGAAUGGAGAACAGAGACAACUCCCCAUGCCUCAUCUGCAUGAAAGAUGGGACAGGGAGACAUCUCAAUUUGCAUAGAGAAUGGAGAACAGAGAACCGCAGUGAACUCUGGGACCAGAAAGGCAGCGAAGCAUGGCAUCAUGGGGGAUCUCUGCUCCAGAUGUUAAUGAACCCACGCCUGCACACACCCAGCUCAGCAGUUAUCAGCCCAAUUCUAGUAAUUAAUCCUUGAUUGGUAUCCAAAAUACGGAAGCAGCCUAGUUGCAUUGUGAGCUCCCUGGAAGGAACACCACCCAUAGCCAAGCGUGAUCAGCUCCUAUUGUCUAGCCUAAAGAAAAUCCUUGAGUCAUCAGUUCACCCAUAAACAAAUCUAGUGUUCUCCCUUGAACCAUUGUUGUUUCUCUACAAAAACCCCUACCUAUGUUCAAGUAAGUGUUCUAAUGUUUGGAUCCAAACUCUGCAUCAGUUCCACUGGGAUUUCAUCUUCUCCUGACUGAUCGUGCUGGUCACCUGGGAACCCUGACCAGUUCACGCUACAGGGAGCGUUGGGAUCCUUUUCUUUCUCUAUCUGUUUUCUACCUCAGGUAUUAACCUUUAAUAAUGUAACUGGUAUGUUUGUUUAGCCCUCCUUGUGUGGUUAUCACUAUUAUUCAAUAAAUAACUUCUAUGGUUAA